AUGUCAUUCGCUCAACUCUCGCUCGCGGCCAUGUUGGCCGUGGGCGCUUCCGCCGCGCCUUACUCUGCGCGCAACGUCAACACCUCUGGCGUUGUCGCAUCCACCUAUUUCGCGGGUUACCACGCGAACCGCGGAUUCCCCGUCUCCGCCAUGCCGUGGGACAAGUACACCGACGCAAAGUAUGCCUUCGCCGAGACCGCCGCCGACGGCAGCCUCAACCUCACAAAGUCGGCUCCCGACCAGCUUCCCGCCUUUGUCGCGGCCGCCAAGGAGCACAAUGUCAAGGCCCUCGUCUCCAUCGGAGGCUGGACCGGCAGCCGCUAUUUCAGCACCGCCUUCGGCAGCGCGGAGAACAGAACCGCCUUCGUGAAGACCUGCCUCGACUUUGUCGAAAAGUACAACCUCGACGGCCUCGAUUUUGACUGGGAGUACCCCAACCGCCAGGGCCUCGGCUGCAACACAAUCGCAAAGGACGAUACCGCAAACUUUGCCUCCUUCCUCACCGAGCUCCGCCAGAAGCAGACCAAGCAGCUCUACCUCACCGCCGCCACCAGCCUGAACCCCUGGAACAACGCCCUCGACGUCGCCAGCACCAACGGCACCCUCUCCUCUUUCGCCAGCUCCCUCGACUACCUCAUGGUCAUGGGCUACGACAUCUACGGCGCCUGGGCUGCUACCGGAGGCCCUAACGCACCCCUUGCCAUGACUUGCGACGCCCGCAACAACCAGGGCGGUAUCAAGGAGGGUGUUGAGAAGUGGAUUGGCGCCGGCAUCCCCGCCAACAAGCUCGUUCUCGCCGUCGGUGCCUACGGCCACGGAUUCUCUGUUAACUCUACCAACGCCUUCGCCUCCCCUGGCGUCUUGAACGCCUACCCCGUCCAGAACAGCACCAACCGAUUCCAGGGCAGCAGCUGGGACGACGACCCAUCAAUCGACGAGUGCGGUGCCGCUUCUCCUCCUAGUGGAACGUACACCUUCUGGAGCAUGAUCAAGGAGGGCAAGUUCCUCGACGAGACGGGCAAGCCUCGCGACAGCAUUGCUACCGGAUACGACAACUGCAGUCAGACUCCCUUCCUGUACAACGAGACUGCUCAGGUCUGGGUUUCCUACGACAACGUCCAGUCUUUGACCGCCAAGGGCAACUACGUCACAUCCAACAAGCUGGCUGGCUUCGCCAUGUGGGAGGCUGGUGGUGACUACAACAACAUCCUCAUCAACGCCAUCCGCUCUGCGGUCGGCUUGUAA